AUGGCCUAUGCGUUUAUUCUCACUAUCACUGGUCCAGGAAAAAAUACUCUGCACAAUACCAGCAUCCUUACGGAGUCUUUAGUUUGCGGACAAGAACAGUUGAAACAAGCGGUGAAGAGCGUGAUUGACUUAAUAAAAGAACCGUUCUACGCUCUGAGAGACGCGAUAUCGAAAGUAAUAAAGAUAGUGAAGGUGAUCGUGAAGAGGAUUAAACGGACUCUCGUGGCUAUGAAGCGGCUCGUGCUUAGUAUCCUGAGGGUGAUCACGUCGGUUUUUGAAUGGCUCGGCAGCAUCAUAAAUAUUUGCAACAAGAAGUUGGGCACGCCGUUCGACAGAUGCCAAAGAGUUUUUGACGGCGCGGUGGCUGACUGCAAAGCGAAGCUUGGCCCCCUUUUUGGCGGGAUUUGCAAUUUGACGUACAUCGUCGGCGCUUUGUGUUACGUGGUGAAGCCUUUAGACUUCAUCUGCAUGCUCGUGUCUUACGUUGCCGAUACUAUAGUCGACGCCGUGCAGAAGAAGAUCAAAAGAUUCACCCGCCAUAUAAGAGCGAUGUUCUACGUUAAAGUGAAAUUUUCCCAUUCUUUUCAUUUUGAAACGAACCAAAGUAAAACCCUACAAGAAGUAUCGACCGGUAUAAUCACCGAAGUGCGAUCGAGGACCGAUAAGUUUUUAGCCGUUUUCGAUUGGAUGAGCUUUAUGGCCACUUUCUUCAUUCUUUUUAUGCUGCUGAGAGUGAUGUAUUAUCGGCACAAAUGGUUGACAAACGAUCGUUUCGACAAUCGAUAUCUGACUGAUGACCUGCGCACCAUUGAUCUUAUCAGAACGCGUCAGGAUAAGGAGACCAUUCUACCGUUGAAUCCUCGCGAAAGAAAUCAAUACAUUCCCUUGACGUCCGUUAUGCUGAUCAGGGCGGAGAAAGUAAAACUCGCGAAAUCCGCCGUCUUUUUGUUCCUAACAACAUUCAAAAUCUGCAUUCACAUGAUGGCGGAUUACAGUCUUUAUUGGAUCCUCAGCAUCAUUAGAUAUCACGGACGAUUCGAGAUAAAGGUCCAACGACCCAAUUCCGUGGGCGUCUAUGUGUCUGGUAACGGCUAUCUCGCCGACCUUUACCGUAGCAUCGUGAAAGCUUUCACGCCGCGCGCGAAAGAUACGGGGAUCGAUGUGAUGCCCUGCCUGCCAGAUCCCAUUCCGCCGGAUCUAGAUAGGUACACACAGAUUGCGACGCUGGUCACCCUCUGUUGGAUCAUGGCGAUAUUCGAGCCUUACGGUUUAAGAUUGCGCCAUGUCAUCAUGUGCAAAUAUCAUCCGGAAAGGGCCAAGCAAAGAGCCGCUUGGUUGUAUAAUCACAUAAUUAGAUCGAGAGGGAGCUUUCUGAAAUUUGCACGACGCCAGUUACGCCGCAAGUUCGGCAUGACCGAGGGUGAGACGAUCGAAAGAGUCACGUUCAGAGAGCGAUGCCUGGCUAUAUGCCCGUUUCUGAACAAGUUGUUCCCUCGGAAACAGAACAUGUGUCUCUUGUGCGGUGCUUUGGAGCGCCCCGAUCAGGAACCGCACAUUAAAUGCGCCACUCCCGGAUGUGUCGGUUUGUUCUGCGUUCAAUGCUUCGCGGACUUGCAGAAUCUCUGCACGAUUUGUCGCUCGCCCAUCGAAUACGGCGAUUUGUCGGACUUGAGUGAGGAAAGGUGA